AUGCUUCGCGGGAACACACGCACCUAUAUGCGCGGAGCAGGGAUCCAUUAUCGCCCAUCGAGUUCACAGAUUCGGCUGUCCAUCCAUGAAACGUCGUCGUACACUGACACGAUCAACUACAUCGAGUCCAUCGUACCCGCAGCGAGCCGUUCAAUUGGCACGAUUCUGGGGUAUCGAGGGAACGAUCCGAGCAGAGCGCCUGGUCAAGGGCAGUCAGCUGAAAUGCUGGCGGUAUACGAAUGGCCGGACAAAAUGGGAAAAGGAGAUGACAUGCAGGGUAAUGUCAUCGCGCAGUCUAUGAAUCUCUGCAGAUUCAGAGAUCAAGACCUCUAA